AUGUCCAUCAAUCGAAAUGCCUCAUCUGCAUCCAUGGAGACAGAUGAGGAGGAAGAGCCUUUGCAUUUCUUGGAGUUCAAGGAACGGGUCUUGUCCGAGGAGAUGGUGAAGACCAAGCUCUUCGAUGCUUGCCGCUCGCAACUGGGCAAAGGCACCACGAUGAAGAACAUCGGCAGGCGGGAACACCGGACGGACGUGGGCGUCAAAGUCGCGCUGAUGGUCAUCAUCCUUCUCCUGAUCCUGAGCUUCCUCUUGCCGAGCACGCACGACCUGUCCUUCCAGCUUGUGUGCCUCGGAUGGAGCUGGGUGGCGCGGCAUUUCUAUAGCAACGAGACCAGUCCCGACGUGCCACAGGACCUGUUAGAGCACUACCUCAUUUGGCAGGGCGGGCUGUCACGGAACAACCUGCGGCCGCGGAUGCUCUACUUGGAUUUAAACAAACGCGUGCUUUGCGACGAGAUGCAAGGCGCGGGCCAAGCGAUGUAG